GCUCGCUAUUCUUAUUCUUAUUUCAUCCCAAGUUAGCGUAAAAGGGACGAGCGUCGACUUCUUCUGUUUCUGUAGCUGAGCAAGUAAAAGGAUCAAUAAAUCAAUCAAUCAUGCAGAUCUUCGUGAAAACCCUAACCGGAAAAACCAUCACUCUCGAAGUUGAGAGCAGCGAUACGAUUGACAAUGUCAAAGCUAAAAUUCAGGAUAAAGAAGGCAUACCUCCUGAUCAGCAGAGACUGAUUUUUGCUGGGAAACAGUUGGAAGAUGGUCGGACCCUGGCUGAUUACAAUAUUCAGAAAGAAUCAACUCUUCACCUCGUUUUGAGGCUCAGGGGAGGAACUAUGAUCAAGGUGAAGACUCUCACUGGAAAGGAAAUUGAGAUCGACAUUGAACCCAAUGAUACCAUUGAUCGGAUUAAGGAACGUGUUGAGGAGAAAGAAGGAAUACCUCCUGUGCAGCAAAGGCUUAUUUAUGCUGGAAAACAGUUGGCAGAUGACAAGACUGCUAAAGAUUACAACAUCGAAGGUGGUUCUGUUCUUCACCUUGUUCUUGCACUGAGGGGUGGCAGACUCUAGGUAGCAAUUAACUUGGUGGAAACUUAUAUGUCCUUUCUUUUUCCCAUGAAUUUGGCAUGAACAUUUCUUCUCCCCCCC